AUGUUCGAAAUCAAUACACUCCUAAAUAUUUCUCGCAUCUACCCUCGUUUGUUCCCAACUGUCCCUACAAUCCCCGAGUUCAGCAAACGGAGUUCACCCAGGGUCAUGGUCAAAAAAUUCUCGCAGUACUCUCCUGUCGAUGUUAUUGACAAAGAUAAUGUGGAGGAAUCAUUUGGUGAUGCAGAAAUGUUCCGUGCAGAACUUCGUCCCAAAUUGCACAUCCUUUGCAUGUGGCCUAUAUUGAGCCAUGGCGCGUUGAUAUGCACAUCGAUACUCUUUUUCGUGCUAUGGAUGGGCACGCCUUCGCCCCGUCUGCAUGACGACAUUCCUGUAUACUCUCCAGCAAGUGGUGCUGUUGACUCCAUGAUCGUAAGAUUCAAUGGGACUCUCGACUUUCCUUCGAUCUAUCGUGGUCCCUCCUUCCCCAGAAUGCUACCAACUCGGAUGUCACUCGAGGAAAUUCUCAAAGCCGGCGAAGUAGAUUCACCUUCAAAGGUCAAAUAUCCAGCCGAAUUUGGUGGGGGUUUCAUGGUAUCCAUGGAAGCCCCCCACCAACUCCACUGUCUGAAUUUACUUCGUAAAGCCUCGUGGCCCAAGUAUUACGGACCCAUAGAUAUUUCGUUCCAGGACACGCCCGAAGUAGUCCGAAUGCAUCUUGAUCACUGCAUUGAAAUGAUCAGGCAGAGUAUCAUGUGCAAUGCCGAUGUGACGAUCAUAACAUGGGACUGGGUCCAGGGACACGAAAUCCCAUACCCCAAUUUCAACACCCGCCACCAAUGCAGGGACUACGAGAAAAUCUUGGAUUGGGCUAUCGAGCAUGCUGUCCAUAUUCCGGAAUCGGCGAUGACUCGUUUUGAAGAUACGGUUGAUAUUCCCUUACCCUUCCAUCUGAUGCACGAUGAUGUAUGA